CUAUAAUUCCAGAUUUUACUCGGUGUGAUAGUGAUAGAGAUUGUAUCGAAUCCUCGAUUUGAUUUCUUUAAUAGGGCCCAUUGACUGCAUGUGUGAAUUGGUGGAGACGUUGACGGAACGUGGACGUUCUUUUCCCAAUGCACCGGUCAUGUUUACUCGCGCAACUUCUACAACAUUGUGAAAUUGAAUAUAGAGCUUAUAAAUGCAGCUCACAUUUGUUGUCCGUCGUGUGUUCGCGGUUGUACCGGGGAACGAAUAAUAUGUUACGAAAUAGUGCAUCGAGAUGAAAGAGAUCACGGGUUACGGAUUGUUCGACGAUUUACCUGAGGAUGAGAGCCAUCCUCUGAAGGACGAUAAUUUUGAGAGCGAAAAGGACAUGUUGAAGCGCAUCGAAAAUUCAGCGGUCAACAUUUACAAACCAACAAAAGAAGGCAAAACGGUGCUCCAUGAAGCUAUUAAAAAUGGUGACAAUAUCAAGGUCGAUACGUUGCUGGCAGCAUAUCAGACCGAUUUCGAUGAAGUCAAGAGCUAUCUAGUAUCCAAGUUCAGCUGGAAUCCGAGUGACAGAAUAUGGCUCAGGAAAACCAUUCUGAUCAGCAUUGAUGAAGACCAGUGUCGUUUAGCAAAAAGACUUGAAGAGGAAAAUCACAAUACUUCUGACCUCCUUAAGGCAAUAUUUGUUCUGUUACGACAUGAAGUGAACGGUGAAGUGGUGGCUGUUAUCAUCCCGAAUGAGAAUAACUACCUCGAUGCGUUCCGUCUGCUGAGAGAUUUGAUUCCCAACGGAUUCCUUACAUUGAAUUAUACCGGAAUAGACGGCAAUGUGGACACUUUUAUGGAGACAGCAGCCUCACGAGGAAAUAUGCGCGUCAUCAGAGGACUCCUCGACACGGGAGCCCCCAUCGCUAUACCAGAUCAUAAUCUACUGAUUUCGGCAUGUGAAACAUUGCAGAGAAACACUAUCCGGACGUUACUAACCGAACACUUUGAUCAUUUCGAUUGUACCGCACGAAAUGCUAGGCAUCACAAUGCAUUGAUUGCGCUAAUGCAGAAAAACCUUGCGAAAAUAUUUGAGUUUGUUUUGGAAAAGAUGAUUGCUUAUCGUUGCAAAUACUACCACGAAUCUGAAUCGGAAGCAUUUAAUAACAUAUUUCGUUUUGAGGAUAAAGACCUAUCUAGUUUAUCAAUUCUUACAUUCCUUCGAUCGGGACCAGUGCAAAAAGUGGUAGAGAAACAUAUUGUAACAUACAAACUGGACUUAUCCUAUCAAUGGGAAAACGUGACAAUAUUAGAAUGUUUGUUACGGCGCAAACUUGCGCUGGACUAUUGCUUCGCUGGAAUACGGGAAAAGCCAGAACUGCUUGGACUAGCGAUACAUUGUGGUAAAACAACUGUGUUACAUAAUAUGGUUCGAUGGAAGUUUGUGGAAUUUCUCAAAGAAAUUUAUGUACAAAAUCCGACAGUUAAAGAAUAUUUUGAGACAGAAGAAGCAAUUGGGAUUCUCGGUCAUGCUAUUUUGGAGGGACAUCAUGAAACCGUUCGAUUCAUUUUGGAAAAUCAUUUAGAAUUUUUGGAAAAAGAUUCUAGCAAAUUGAAAGAGGAAGUGAUAUGUUGGAAACAUUAUCCAAAAAGAUUUUACAAUGAGGACAGUCCAUUGUACGACUUAUUCCCAAAAUAUGCUAAGUAUAUCGAGAAAACCUCACGAGAAGUUCUCGGGAAAGGAACAGAUUUAGGACGCGUCAUGGAUGAACUCAUUGCAAGAACGACAGAACAGUCAAUCGACGCAGAGAUAUUGGAUACUAGGGGACGACAUGGUGAAACCAUUCUUCACAAGGCAAUCGAAAAAGAUAACUUACCGUUGGUCAUCCGACUAUUAGAUGCUGGAUGCGAGUUUGAAGUGGUAGAUAACGAAGGCAAUCAUGCCAUCCAUUAUGUGCAGAGCGUUGAAAUGUUCAACUACAUCAUUGACCGCCAUCCAGAGCACCAGAAUCUAGUCCAUCGUACAAACUCAGCAGGAUAUUCUGUUCUACAUCGAGUCUGUCGCCUAUAUGGGGACAGGAAUGUCAUACUUACACUGUUGGAGCGAGUAAUUGCGUGCGGAGCGAAUGUGAACCAACGAACCAAAGAUGGGGACACAGCGAUUUUUCUUAUUAGAAGCUGCUGGCUUUUGAAACCACUCAUAGAGCACGGUAUCGAGCUUGAUGCGGUGAAUAGCAACGACGAAACCGCCCUUCUGCGGCAUUUACUGGAGAGAAACUGCUGCGUGGCGAUUGCUCUUCUUCCGCUGGUUCACAAGCUUGCAACCUUUAAGAAGCACGCUCAUGCAUAUCUUGAACAGAUGAUAUACAGAAAUCGGGAUUUCUUCAGUUGUGAGUACCAACAUUUUCUCGAAGAAAACCCAGAAACGACUAGGACGAUUUUCGAUGCCCUUUUCGAAAACUCCCGAGAGGAAGCUUCAAGAGUGUUCACUAAGGCUUGUUCGGGCGCUUUCAAUUUUGUGGCCGACAAAUUCCUGGAGUUCGAUUACGAUUUGGACUAUAAUUAUCAAGAUGAGAAAAAGUACACUCCAAUCGUCGGACUGCUCAGCUAUAUGGAAGAAUCAAAUAUCCAUGUCAUUAAACGACUGCUUUCGAAAGGCGUUGAUUUGAACAUUUGCAACGAUUGGGGCCGAAAUGCACUGUUGACGAUUGCCGGAAGGUUUACGUUUGCAAAAUGGUACGAUCAUAAUGUUGAUACUGUUCAACUAUUGCUGGAUCAUGGAGCCGAAAUCGAUGCGCCAGAUCCGAACGGGAACACAUCACUUCAUCUGGCUUUCAGUAAAGGUGAAUGGGAAUUGGUGGAAUUGUUAGUUCGUAAUCGGGCCGAUUUGAAGAGUAAAAACAAAGAUGGGCUUAUUCCGUGUGAGAUGGCGCCGAAAGCUGUAGCGGAGCUUUUAUUCUUUAUGAGAUAAAUGUUGGUGUUAUGCAAUUAAAAUUUCUGAUGUGUUUUAAAUUUUGUUUCAGUCACUAUGAGGUUCUUAAUUAUUAAUUGAAUCAUCCGAUGAGAACUUGUGAUUCCAAAACAAUAGGCCG